AUGAAGAAGAACAGUAAGGUGGCGCAUUUGGUUUGCCUGCUCGGCGGCUUCCCACUGUACGAAGCCUUCUCGAAUGAAAAGUCGAUGCAGGGUCUGCAAAACGAUAAUGGUAGUGUCCAUGCGCAGUUACGAAAAAAAAGCAAAGUGGUCCAUUUGGAAUGUACAAACAUAAAUAGGAAAAGAGAACCGUGGGGGAUUAAAAUAUUGUCUCCUCAUAAAAAUACGGCCAUAGUUUCGAAUGAAGGGAAAACAAAAAGUGAGUUAAGGGCAAAUGUAAUAAAGGGAGUAAACAAAAUAUGUGGCGAACGAAUUACUCGAAGGAAAUGGGAACCCCUGUGGAGGUACAACUGCCAUUGGAGGCUCCAACUGGCCGAGUGUGAAAGGGUCAAUUGCAACGGUGAGGAAAUAGGAGGACGAAUUUUUGCGCACAAAACACACUGUGAAAAUGGUAAGGGAAGCAAAUUUCAAUCUAGGGAAGAUAUCCAGCAGGGGAUUCAUGUCGAAAUGAAGAGGACAGAUCAAUACAGUGAUGAAGAAUACGUCCAAAUGAGGAGUGACGAAGGUGAACCCUGCAGCGACACCUCCAGUGAAAGCGACACGCAAGAAGAGUUAACAGAAGACGUAAUUAACUUCAUCGAAAGUAUAAUUAAAAAACACAAAAUAGUUUUAUUCAUGAAGGGUACAGCUUUAAACCCAUUUUGUAAAUAUAGCAAACAAGCAAUACACAUUUUGAAGCUAAACAAAGUGAAAGAAAUUAGGACUGUUAAUAUUUUGGAUGAUGAAAAGUUGAGGAGAUCUUUAAAAAUUUACUCUGAGUGGCCCACCUUCCCGCAGUUGUACGUAAAUGGGAAAUUCGUCGGGGGCAUAGACAAAUUGCAGGAGUUACAUGAUGGGAAGAAGCUAAAAGGCGUCUUGGAGGAUGUGUAG